AUGACGGACAUUAGGCAACCUAAAUAUAAUUUAGGUUUGUUGGUAACUCCAGGAGAGACAAGUACUACUACAACCAGUGAACAAUCAGCAUCUGUUUUUAAAUCAGCUGCGUUUCUUCCCAAACAUGGAUCCUUCACGCCAUACAGUAGAACCAGAACUCCAGGAUACACCAGUAGUACUAGUAGAAUACCAGGAACAAUUAGUAGCACUAGCAGGACUCCAGGAGUUAUUAGUAGCACUAGCAGGACUCCAGCUUGCGGUAGUGGUUAUACUCGCACACCACUGUCAUCAGUCAGAAGAACUGGCACAUCCUCUAUACUGACUUCAACAAGUGCUACUCCUGCUCAGCCUCAACUCUCAGUUAUUGUUGAAUCUACAUCGGAGAUUGCAAUAACUCAGUUGUUGGAGACCCUGCUUGCUGUGGUUGAUGUUGUUGCAAUAGUAGAAGGGCGUGGUCAAGCUCGUGGUCAGAUUGGAAUGGCUAGUAUUGAUUUGAAGAAACCAGAACUGAUUGUAUCCCAGUUUUCAGAUAGUCAAGCAUAUGUGAGAGUCAUGACAAAAUUACAAAUACUGCAGCCACUUGAGAUCAUAAUGCCAAAUACUGCCUGUGAGAGUGGGAAUAUGACAAAAAUGUUCAAGUUAAUAUCAGAUCAUUUCCAAAAUACCAAUAUUGCCACGGUACAAAGGAAAUAUUUCAAUGAAACAAAAGGUUUGCAGUAUAUAAAACAUUUAUGUGUUCCGGAGUACAAGACAGUAGAAAUGGAGGUCAAUGCUAAAUAUUACUGUCUAGCGACAACAGCAGCUUUAUUGAAGUACAUAGAGUACAUACAGAAUAUAGUGUAUGCACCCAAUUCAUUGAAGAUUGUAUUUAAAGGCAGUGAACAGACUACUAUGAUAGUUUUAAGUAGGUUCAUUGAUGUAGAUCAUCUGUUGUCGCUGACAGUUCAGAUACCAAAGCAAGAAAACAUCAAAACAGCUGACAGUCGGAUAACAUGUGUCAUCUAUCUCAAGCAUACAUUAGAAUUAGUUGAACCAUUGCAGGCUGCUCUUAAAGACUCUUCCAAUCAGCUGUUUAAAGCCUAUUUCACAUGUCUAGGUGAUGACAGAUUUGGUGCGAUGUUAGAAAAGUUGCAGACAGUCAUCCAUGCAGACACUAGAUACCAGAAAGGAGCCUUAAACAUGAGAACACAGAAAUGUUUUGCUGUCAAGCCCAAUAUCAAUGGUUUAUUAGAUGUAGCUAGGCGAACAUAUACGGAGAUAGUCGAUGAUAUAGCAGAAAUGGUGAAACAACUGAGUGAAAAAUACAGUUUACCACUGAAGAUAAGUUACAAUGGUACUCGUGGCUUCUUUAUUCAAAUGUACGCUGGACGAGACAACUCUGUCUCACCAGCUGAUAUGCCACCUGUAUUUGUUAAAGUUGUCAGGGUCAAGAGCACACUCAAUUUUACAACACCAGACUUGAUUAAAAUGAAUGAUCGCAUAAAUGAGUCCAUGAAUGAAAUUUAUCUGAUGACAAACAUAGUUAUUAAUGAGCUGAUGAGUGAAAUAAGAGGUCAAAUUGGUUGUCUUUAUAAAUUAACUGAAUGUGUUGCUGUACUGGAUAUGUUGGUAUCAUUUGCCCAUGCAUGUACUCUUGGAGAGUAUGUGCGACCAGACUUCACUGAUACAUUAGCUAUCAAGCAAGGAAGGCAUCCAAUACUUGAGAAGAUAUCCAUUGAGUUACCUGUACCAAACAAUACUUAUGCAUCUGAAGAUAGUAAUUUUAUUAUCAUUACUGGCCCCAAUAUGAGUGGUAAGUCAACUUAUUUGAAGCAAGUAGCUCUCCUGCAGAUUAUGGCUCAGUUAGGAUCUUUUGUACCAGCACAGUAUGCAUCAUUUCGAAUCAUUGAUCAGCUCUUUACUCGUAUCGGUUUUGACGAUGAUAUAGAAUCCAAUGCAUCAACAUUCAUGGUGGAGAUGAAGGAGGUUAAUUAUAUUGUACAGAAUGCUACUGAUACAUCAUUAAUUAUCAUAGAUGAGUUAGCAAGAGGUACUAGCAACGAAGAAGGUUUGAGUAUUUGUUAUGCAGUCUGUGAACAUCUCUUAUCACUUAAAGCAUUCGCAUUCUUUGCAACUCACUUUCUACAGUUAACACGUCUUCCUGAACAUUAUCCCAAUGUAGAAAAUUAUUGCAUGGAAGUUCAACAUAACUACACUACCAGUGGUGGUAACAAUAAAGUGUCCUAUACUCAUGUACUCUCAAAGGGAUGUACACAAAUAAAACAUUAUGGAAUACAGUUAGCUGAAACCUCAACAUUACCAAAGUCAGUGACUGAGUCAGCAAAGCAGUUGGCAGCUUCACUUAUAAAAAAGGAACAGGUUACCACCAAAGAAAGCCAAGAACUUGUCAAGCAAAAAGCAGUUUUCAAGUUGGGUACUCGUUUAAUUCAAGCAGCAAGAAAUUCUCGACUUGAUGGCCCUGGCUUACUAAGUUAUAUGGAAGCAUUACGUGGACAGUAUCGUGCAGAAAGCCAGAACCAUGAAGAGUGA